UCUUUUGGUGUCCUAGGGAUAGUGAAAAUACUUUGAAAACUCAACGAUGGAGUUUCCUUUGGAAAAUUGGGUUUUCUGACACACAGAACGACAUCGCCGUCUACUUUAGUGCUUAGGAAAUGGGUUGUGGCUCGAGUAAAUCGGAAAACAUACCAGAUGAUGUAAAUAUUCACUCACAGCCGUCAACGGCUAAUGGCGAUACUUCCCAUUUCCAACCUGUCACUUGCGAAAAAAAUUCAGAGAAGCCAUCUGUUGAUGUCCCUCAAGGUACAAAAGAAAACGGAAUCGAUGCAAAGUCAGUUGAGCAGCGACACGGCUUUGAUGGGACAAAAACUACAACCAAGGCAUCUCAGAUGACAAUUUUGCACUUCAAUGAUGUCUACAACAUCGAGCCACGGGACAGGGAGCCGGUUGGCGGUGCGGCUAGGUUUGCUACCAAAGUAGCAAGUUUUAAACAUUUGAACCCAUUAAUUGCUUUCAGUGGGGACUGUUUAAAUCCUUCAACGAUGAGCAGUGUGACUGGUGGCAAACAGAUGAUCCCAAUUCUAAAUGCAUUAAAUGUCCAUGUUGCUGUAUUUGGAAAUCAUGACUUUGAUUUUGGUGUAGAUGAGUUGAUGGAGUUUAGUGCUGCUACCAAUUGUCCAUGGCUUCUUAGCAAUGUGAUUGACAAUGUGACCGGAAAACAGCUGGCUGGUGGUGAAAUCAAGUAUAUUACAGAGUGGGGAGAAAGAAAGAUUGGUUUUAUUGGCUUAGUGGAAGAAGAGUGGCUUGUUACCCUGGCAACAGUUGACAGGGAAGAGGUCACAUACUUUGAUUUUGUAACAGUGGGUACAAAGUUGGCAAAAGAACUUAGAGAAGAGGGAGCAGAGUUUGUGGUAGCCUUGACUCACAUGCGAGGACCAAAUGAUCGUCGUCUGGCAGAGCAAGCAACUGGCAUAGAUCUAAUUUUGGGUGGUCAUGAUCAUGAUUACUUCACUGAGAAGAUUAAUGGUGUUAAUGUCAUUAAGAGUGGAACAGACUUCAGAGAAUUUAGUAUUAUUACUGUCACCUUUUUUGAUAACAACCACAACAAAUGCAACAACAGCAGUAGCAGUGGCAACAACUCUUUUUCAAUAGAUGUUGAAAGAGUGGAAGUCACAAGUGAUAUACCAGAAGACACUGAAGUGAAAUCCACAGUUGAUAAAUAUGUUGGUGAGAUGAACAACUUGAUGGAAGAAGUGAUUGGUGAAGUGCAAGUAGAGCUUGAUGGAAGGUUUUCCAGCAUGAGAACAAAGGAGACCAACCUGGGAAAUUUUAUAACAGAUAUCAUACAAAAUGUUACUGAAGUGGACUGUGUUAUUCUUAACUCUGGCACCCUCCGAUCAGAUUGCAUUCAUCCCCCUGGAAAGUUCAAAAUGAAGGACCUCUCAGCCAUCCUUCCUAUGCCUGAUGUGUUGGUGGUGUUGGAAUUGACAGGUGAUCAGAUUUUAGAGGCACUAGAAAAUGGAGUCAGCCAGUGGCCUAAACUUGAAGGAAGAUUUCCUCAGGUGGCAGGAAUAAAAUUUUCCUUCAAUCCUGACAAAGAUCCUGGAUGCAGAAUACUGGAAGACUCUGUGAGCAUCAACAAUGAGCCACUUGUCAAAGAUAAGAGAUACAAAGUAUCUACAAAGUCAUAUCUUGCAAAGGGCAAAGAUGGUUAUCAAGUAUUUACCAAGGGCAAAGUUCUGGUUGAUGAAGAGGAUGGUUCAAUUUUAAACACAAUCGUCAGGAACCAUUUUCACUCAAUCAACAUUGUUAAAGGUGCUACAAAAUCAAAAUCCUCCCACAGACAAAGUCUAGCUAUGCGAUGUAGAUCAUCUGACAUUAUUGAUGAUGGAAAUAAAAAAUCAUCAUUUCUUAGUCUGGAAAAAGAGCAUAUUAGCAUUUCACCAAAGGUGGAAGGAAGAAUUACAGUGGUCACAGAAGCAGAUAAGGAAGCGAGUAGGACUUGCUUUCCAGAAAAUGAGACUGUGCCUCUGAGUGAGCAAGUUAAACAAACACAGAGUCAAGAUACUUCACAGGGGAAUGAAUGCGUAGAGAAAAGUGAUUCUUCAGAACAAAUAGCAACUCAUCUAAAUGGAUCAGAAGUGGAAAAGACAGAUCAAAAUGGAUCAGAAGUGGAAAAUAGCACACAAGUUGAAUUGGGAACACACAAGAAACAAAAUAAGGAUAAUGUUGAGUACACUUCAGAUGAAAUUUUAGCAGUUGAAAAAGAAGUUACUUUACUGGACAAUUUAGCGGGCAAACUGAAAAAUGAUCAGAAUGAGGACAUCAUGAACAGAAACAUUAAAAACACAGCUGAUAAACAAGUAAAAGAGGUAGAAAAACAACAAGAAGCAGGCAAUGAAGAUCAGCUUUUGACAGCUGAUGUUAAAACUGAAAAACCUGAGCAAAGGAUAGAUAAUUCUUUGGGACCAGAUAUGGCAACAGAGGAUGAGUACUGGGAUUUGUGGGAGGCAGUAAAAGAAGAUGACAUUGAUGUGGUGGAAAAUCUUCGCCAGGAGAAGAACAUUAGAUUCACUCGAUGUCAGGAUAACAAAACCAUUCUUCAUCUUGGAGCAGAGAGAAAUGCAGUCAAGGUGAUCCAGUACUUGCUGACUCAUGGAAAAAUGGAUCCAAAUGUCAAAGAUGAAAUAUUACAGGGGGUCCCUCUCCAUGGUGCAGCAGAAUAUGGAUCAAUUGAUGCUGCCAGAGUUCUUUUAGAGCAUGGAGCAGAGAUCAACAAGCAAGACCUAAUUGGGAAUACAGCAUUACAUAUUGCUUGCGAACAUGAACAGGUUAAAAUGAGAACAUUCCUCAUUGAUCAAGGUGCUGAUAAAACUAUAAAAAACUCAGAUGGUGAAACUCCUACUGUUUAGAUACAAAUUAUUAAAUAUGUAUUUUGACAUUUGUGUAGAUUACUUGUGAAAAUUUAUGAAAAAUCACUCAAGAUUCUCUGAGAUGCACAGCUAAUCAAAAUUUGUAUUGAGAUAAAUUAAAAGUUUAGGGCUACUUCUUUAACAUUCUUCGUAGGAAAAUAUAAACAGAAAGGAUUUGCCUUUAAGUUGUAGUUAAGUGGUAUCCUAGGUUA